GCGGGUAAUACUGAAACGGAUGAACAGCGGGCCUCGCCGCCAAUCCUUGUUCCCGUAACACCUGUCGGGGUUCCUGAAAGCGUUCAAGAGUAUCCUGAGCCUGAGAACAACCAUCGCGGUGCAGCACCCCCGGUGUCUUCCUCCACCUCCUCGCUGGCGCCGAUUUCAUUACCGACCUCGAUGCGUCCACCAACCAUGCACUCCGCAUCAAAAAUUGUCAUUCAAGCGCCCCCGGCGAAUGAGGCGAGAUACGCAGGCCAGGCAGUUCAAACUGCAGCAACCCCAAUUGAUCAUGAGUCGCCUAUGACUUUAUCUCCAACCACACCGGCUAAGAGACCACCAUCAGCAAGCGUGCCCGAUUCCGACACUCCGAAACGUGUUAAGGUGAAUGAAUCCGGAAACGAUCAGGCCUUCGCCCGGCGUAUUCAAGCUGUUCAGAUGACAGUCCACUGGCGUGCACCGGUCCCAUCGCUCCCUCCUGCGAUAACCCGAGGAGACAUGGAUGUAGCCGGUCCAGAGUCGCCUGCUCCUCUGCCUUCAGGUUCAGAUUCACCUCCUCCGGGUCACCCAGAGAAGGCUCAGGCGCCAACGGUGGCACCGAGUACAUCGAAUACGGCGGAGGCACAGGCCGUGUCAGAGCCCCACGCUCCAGUGGUAGAAUCUUCAGCCCAAGCCUCCCCUCCGGUACACAUAAACCCAGGUAAGAUCCACGUCUCCGUGGUCCGCCAAAAACUAGAGUCCCUCUCCCAGCCCGGCCUGAUAUCACUGCACCUCUCCGUCGGACAAACCGACCGGCUCCUAAAGUUUCCGGACUUGACAGGAUUGGAGGACGAUAUCAUGAAACCUGCAAAGUACGAAUACCGUCUCGUCUGUACCCGUCUCUCUCCCCAAUCAUCUACGAAAACGUACGCUUGGCCCCCCUCCGGCUUCUUCGUCGAAGUCAACGGCGAUCCAAUCAUGCUCGAUCGCGCCCCUCCCGUCAACGGCCAACUCUGGCUCAACCACUACCUCCACCAGGGCCAAAACCUCAUCCAAAUCGCAAUCACGACACCGCCUUCGAAGGAGUAUGUCGUCAACACCGAACUCCGGAUCUUCGAGUCGAGUUUGAGGUUGUAUAGGGGGGUACGGCAAAAUACCCGAAACACGAUUCCGAAGGAGGAGUUUUUACCGUUGUGUCGCUCUAUCGCCGCAAGUCGGGAUGCCGAGCUGUCAGCACUCCACGACACCGGCAGCCCCGUUCGUUCAGACACAAUCACCCUCUCCCUCAUCGACCCAACCACCGGCGCACGGAUCAACACCCCCGUCCGAGGCCGGACAUGCACACACCUGAACUGCUUCGAUCUCCAUACACAUCUCGAGGGCGCGCAUCCGGGACUGUGUCCGAUAUGUGGGAAUAGUGCGCGGCCGGGGGAGUUGAGGUGGGAUUUGGGUGUUGAGGAGGUGUUGGGGCGGGUGCGGGGUGGGGUGUCGAGGGCGAUUGCUGUUGAGGUUGAGUUGGGGACGGGGAUUGGGAGGGUGGUUUCGGGGAUGAGGGUGGGGGAUGAGGGACGAGGGUGGAUUGUUUAAUGAGGUUGAGAGAGGAGGGUAGUUUGACUUUUUAUGAUGGUGAAUGGUGCUGAUAAGAAUUGGAUGGGUUCGGAGU